AUGGCUGGGAACAAUUUCACUCAGGUGACUCUUUUUGUCCUCUCUGGAUUUGCAAAUCACCCUGAAUUACAGGUCAGUCUUUUCUUAGUAUUUCUCUUCAUUUAUAUUUUCACUGUUUUGGGGAACCUGGUACUCAUCCUGCUAAUCAGAACCGACUCUCGGCUGCACACACCUAUGUACUUCUUUCUUAGCAAUUUAGCUCUCAUUGACAUAUUUUAUUCCUCUACUGUGACACCCAAGGCGCUGGUAAAUUUCCAAUCCAAACAGAAAUCCAUCUCCUUUAUGGGUUGCUUUGUUCAAAUGUACUUUUUUGUUGGUUUGGUGUGCAGUGACUCUUUUCUUCUGGGAUUAAUGGUCUAUGAUCGUUAUGUAGCGAUCUGCAAUCCUUUAUUGUAUGGGGCAAUCAUGUCCCAGAAAGUGUGCGCCUGGUUAGGAGCAGUGCCCUAUGCCAUGGGUUUCACAGACUCGCUGAUCUCCAUCUGCAUGAUAAGCAGUUUGGGCUUCUGUGAUUCCAGCAUCAAUCACUUUUUCUGUGGCACCACAGCUCUUUUGGCUCUGUCCUGUAGAGAGGCAUUUGGCACGGAAUUGGUGAUCUUUAUUUUAGCAGCAUUCGCUCUUCUUAGUUCACUCCUCCUCAUCACAGUGACUUACGUCAGCAUCAUCUCAGCCAUCCUGAGGAUCCAGUCUGCAGCAGGCAGGUGGAAGGCCUUCUCCACCUGUGCCUCCCACCUCACGGGGGUAACCAUCUUCUAUGGGUCCCUGAUUUUCACAUACUUGCAGCCUGACAACACAUCAUCCCUGACCCAGGCACAAGUGGCAUCUGUGUUCUAUACCAUUGUCAUUCCAAUGCUGAACCUUUGA